AUGGCCGAGCAAGUCGAACAUCCAAUGGGUCUUGCAGCGGAGUCCGGCAAACCAACCAACGGCACUAAUGGAUCACAUACGAACAAGUCCUCUGAUGCAGUAAAGACAUCUCGCUUCGAUCCCGCCUUCACGGACGCAGUAAUCAAUGCUACUGGACCGAAGGCUAGUCCACGACUACGUAAAGUCAUGGCGAGCUUGACGAGACAUUUACAUGACUUCUGUCGUGAAAACGAGAUCACAAUCGACGAGUACAUGGCCGGCGUAGAAAUGAUCAACUGGGCCGGCCGCAUGUCCGACCUCAAACGCAACGAAGGCCAACUCCUAACCGACGUCAUCGGCCUCGAAACCCUCGUGGACGAAAUAACCUACACCCUCGCCUCCGAAGCCACCGACGCCCCAACGGCAACCGCAAUCCUAGGCCCCUUCUGGCGCCAAGACUCUCCAAUUUACAAGAUGGGCUCAAGCAUAAUCCAGAACUCCAUCCCGGACGGCGACCACACAUUUCUGCACGGCCGCGUCCUCGACUUCAACACCGGUAAACCGAUCCAGAAUGCCGAGAUUGACAUCUGGCAUACUGCUCCCAAUGGCCUGUACGAACAGCAAGAUCCAGAGCAACCGGAUAUGAAUCUCCGCGGCCGCUUCUACACUGGCGAGGAUGGGGCGUAUAGUUUCUACUGCUUACGUCCUACCUCCUACCCGGUCCCCAUGGAUGGCCCAGCGGGGAAACUGAUCCAACUGCUUGACCGGCAUCCGAUGAGACCGGCACAUAUCCAUUUCAUCCUCACGGCGGAAGGGUAUAAACCCCUGACCACCCAGAUUUUCGAUCGGAGGGACAAGUAUAUUGAUAAUGAUGUGGUAUUUGCUGUCAAGGACAGUUUGGUAGUGGAUUUUUUGCCGAAGAAGGGGGAUGAGAAGGCGCAGUUUGAUUUGGAGUAUGAUUUCAAGCUUGUGGGAUAUGGGGUGGAGAAGAAGGGCGGGAUGGAGGGUGCUACGGCUGUGGCGCCUUGA